AUGUCGAGCAAUAAUGAAGCUGCCCUACGAGCCGAGUCCUUGGCACCUUUGAUUAACUCACUGUCUAUUAUCUUUGUUGUUCUUUCUACUGUCAGCGUCGUCCUUAGACUGUACACCCGGAAACGCAUCGUUGAGGUUAUCGGUGCGGAUGAUGCGUCUAUCACCAUAGCGCAGGUAUUGGCGAUUGCUGUAUCAGUCCUCACGAUCCUCCAGGCUCACUGGGGACUUGGUCGACAUACACCGUUUGUAGAUCCUGUGGAUGCAGUUAAGGAGCUAAAGUGUCUCUACGCCAACACCUUGAUCUACAAUGCUGCCCAAACAAUCACCAAGAUCUCCUUUCUCAUCCUCUAUCGGCGCCUAUUCCCGGGUCGCAAGACUCAGAAGAUCUGCUUUUGGCUGCUACUAUACAUCGUCGCGUGGGGCAUCAUACAAGAGUUCAUCGUCGGAUUUGCUUGCAUUCCGCUCUCGAACUUCUUGCCCAAGAUGGAAGGGAAAUGCAUUCCGUCAUUGCCGGUUUGGUAUCUUACGUCCUGCAUGAACAUUGUGACAGACUUCAUGAUUUUCAUCGUUCCUAUCGUCCCAGUGCUCAAACUACAAAUGCGGACGCGGCAAAAGAUCCUUCUUCUAUGCCUUUUUUGCCUCGGAUUCUUCACCUGCAUAAUCUCGCUCGUUCGUCUCUCCACAUUACACAAAGGCAUCAACACCAACGAUCCCUUCUGGGACAAUGCAGGCGCAUCAUACUGGUCUGUCAUCGAACUCAACUGCGGCAUCCUGUGCGCCUGCCUUCCAACACUGCGGCCGCUGGUGCAGAAGGUCGUUCCUCAUCUGCUGUCGUCUCAUGGUGCUAGUCAUGAUAGCGGAAGGACGGCGACUGGUAUCAGCCGCAUGCCCAGCCAUCUAGGCCACAAGAGAAGUGUAAGCGGCCUGGAAGAUGGGAUCUACAUCCAGAAGGAAGUAGAGCUCCACAGUACGACUGAGUUGAGGUCGAAUGCCGCGGGAUAUCGACCGUCGGGUGAGGAUGCUAGGAGCCAGAAGACGAUCGUAACGGCACAGUCAUCGAAAGGGCAGCUACGGAAGGAUUCCCUUGCUUGCUGUGCAUGA